AAAAUAAUAACUAAAUUAAAUUAGAAUUUAUUAUCAAAUACGAGAAAAUAUAAAAAAUGCAAGCGUGAAAUCAAUUUUAAGCUACGUAGUCUUAAAUUUUAUAGAAACAAAAAGGUGUAGUGGUUCAGGAAAUGACUCAAAAUUAAAGAGAAAGAGUGAAAAUUGAUAAGAAUGACACAUUUAACGUGGGCCCUGACAGUGGUUGCGAUUCUGGCGGCAGCGCAGGCCAACUUCACGCGUAAUGCUUACUUUGAUCAAUUCUUUCAGCCCGAACCUUUGCAUCACUUGGAUCCACCUUUCGUGAAAGAAAUUUGCAAUGCUGACCACGACAUGCACUACCAUACUGAACUGGAAAAGUCUGAUUGUAAUUUUCCCAAGUUAGUUCUAGUGAAGCUGAAAGUACCCUUGAAUAUAUUGGUUAGACCACACCAGGCAUGGGUGAGCCGCUGCAUCGGGGCCUGCCACUCCAGUUCUGACCACUGCUCGGCUAGUAAAACAAAGGACCUGGAAGUACCUGUUCGAGUGUUCAGUGCAAGUACAAAGAAGUGGACGUGCGGCACAUACAGACUAGUGGAGCACUCGGAAUGCAACUGUCCUCUCGAAGCCAAACUUGAGGCGGAUUCUGAAGAUUGAUCUUCGUUUACUUAUUCUUAAAGCCCUUUGGAAGAAUAAAUUUAAAAUUUGUUCACAGUGAAGUUACAAUAAAUAACCACAUUGUGCGUGUUACCUUUA